UAGACAGCAAUGGAGAGCGCGCGCGGUGACGAUUGAUCACACCGGUGGCGGCGGCGGCGGCGGCCAUGGCGACGGCGUCCCCUCCUCCUUCCGGGAAGAUGCGUGCCGUGCAGUACGACAGGUACGGCGGCGGAGCUGAAGGCCUCACGCACGUGGAGGUGCCGAUCCCGGCGCCGAAGAAGGGCGAGGUGCUGAUCAAGAUGGAGGCGGCGAGCAUCAACCCGAUCGACUGGAAGAUUCAGAGCGGGAUGGUCCGUCCAUUUCUGCCAUGGAGGUUCCCAGUGAUUCCAGCGUGCGAUCUCGCCGGAGAAGUCGCGGCGGUCGGCGGCGGGGUGAGCGGCUUCAAGCUCGGCGACAGGGUCGUCUCCAUCAAUUUCCCGAGCGGUGGCGGGUUCGCCGAGUACGCGGUGGCGCAGGCGUCGCUCACGGUGGCGCUGCCGCCGGGGGUGUCCGCGGCCGAAGGCGCGUGCCUGCCGCUCGCGGCGGUCACCGCGCUCCAGGCUCUGAGGGCGGCCGGGGCCGGCUUGGGCGGGGGCGCGGAGCCCAAGAACGUGCUGGUCACCGCGGCCUCCGGCGGCGUCGGCCACUUCGCGGUGCAGCUCGCCAGGCUGGGCGGCCACCGCGUCACGGCCACCUGCGGCGCGCGCAACCUCGGCCUCGUCGAGAGCCUCGGCGCCGACGAGGCGCUCGACUACGGCACCCCGGAGGGCGCCGCGCUCCGGAGCCCGUCCGGCCGGAGGUACGACGCCGUGGUGCACUGCGCGCCGGCGUUCCCCUGGUCGGUGUUCGACCGCGUGCUCGCCGACGACGGCGGCGUGGUUGUCGACAUCACGCCCUCCCCCGCCGCCGUCGCCACCGCGCUGCUCCACAGGGUGAGCUUCUCCAAGAAGAGGCUGACGCCCUUCAUGUUCUCGCCGAACAAGGAGGACACGGAGCUGCUGGUGGACAUGGUGAGGCAGGGGAAGCUCAAGCCCGUCGUCGACUCGAGCUACCCUCUGAGCAACGCGCCGGAGGGCUGGACGAAGAGCAUAGGAGGCCAUGCCACCGGCAAGGUCAUCGCGAAAAUCGGACAAGAAGAAUGAGCACGAAGGUAGUGGUGUAUAAUACGCGAGCGUUCGAUCGGCGAAUCGCGUUUUGCUUCGUAUUGCACGUAUCAACCAAAUACUUACUCCGUGUUAUAAUAUAAAAUGUUUGAUCUUUUUUAA